AGCGAGUUUAUUCGUCGCGAUCACCUUCAGCAUGAACGACCUCAAGCCAGCUACGAGCUAUACGAGUACCUCGCUCCACGAGGCCGUCAAACUGCGCCUGGACGAGCCGGGAUCCUUUUCGAAAACGGUCGAGCCGCAGACAAUUCCCCAAUUCUUUAGGGAGGCCUGUGAGAAUUAUGCGGAUCUGCCUGCCUUAGUAUGGGAGACCCCAGGAUCAGGAGUCGAUGGUUGGACCACUUUGACUUAUAGCGAGUACCAGGAGAGAGUGGAGCAGACGGCCCUGAUGCUCCUGAGCGUUGGAGUCGAGGAACGCAGUUCAGUGGGCAUUCUGGCUUUCAAUUGUCCUGAAUGGUUCUUAGCGGAAUUUGCCACCUUAAAGGCUGGAGCUGUUGUGGCCGGAAUUUAUCCGAGCAACUCAGCGGAGGCCGUUUAUCACGUUCUGUCCACCGGAGAUGCCUCCGUUUGCGUGGUGGACGAUGCCCAGCAGAUGGCCAAGUUGAGGGCGAUUAAGGAUCGACUGCCUCAGCUCAAGGCGGUGAUCCAAUUGCACGGACCCUUUGAAGCCUUUGUCGACCAGGAACCGGAAUUCUACAGCUGGCAGAAGCUGCAGGAGAGAACCUUCUCCAGCGAACUGCGAGAGGAACUGGUGGCUCGGGAGAGCCGGAUCCGUGCCAAUGAGUGUGCCAUGCUGAUCUUCACUUCGGGAACAGUGGGUAUGCCCAAGGCAGUGAUGCUGUCCCACGACAACCUCUUGUUCGAUACAAAAUCAGCAACAGCCGGACUUCAGGAUGUGCAAAUCGGCAAGGAGAGAUUCGUGAGUUAUCUGCCUCUGAGUCAUGUGGCUGCCCAGAUUUUCGACGUAUUCCUGAGCCUAACCCACGCCGGAUGUGUUACAUUUGCGGACAAGGACGCACUCAAGGGAACGCUGAUCAGGACCUUUAGAAAGGCGAGGCCGACAAAAAUGUUUGGAGUUCCACGCGUCUUCGAGAAACUUCAGGAGCGUCUGGUGGCCACGGAGGCCAAGGCGAGACCCUAUUCCAGAUUACUCAUGGCGCGGGCAAGAGCUGCUGUGGCUGAACACCAGAUAACGCUGAUGGCGGGGAAAUCUCCCUCCAUUUAUGGCAGUACCAAAUAUUGGCUUGCUUCUCGCAUCGUAAAACCCACACGUGAAAUGAUCGGUUUGGACGACUGCCGUGUUUUUCUGACCGGCGGAGCUCCCACCUCCGACGAGAUAAAGCAGUUCUUCCUCGGUUUGGACAUGCCCCUGGGCGAGUGCUACGGAAUGUCUGAAAGCUGUGGUGCAGUCACCCUGAAUGUGCAGAUCAGCAAUUUAUACAGUUCGGGCAAAGCGUGCGAGGGACUUUCUGUGAAGAUCCAGGAACCCGACUGCAAUGGCCAGGGGGAGAUCCUGAUGCGGGGUCGCAGCAUAUUCAUGGGCUACUUGGGACUGCCGGAGAAGACUGAGGAGACGGUCAAGGAGGAUGGGUGGCUGCAUUCCGGCGACUUGGGCUACCUCGAUCCCCAGGGAAAUCUGGUGAUCUCUGGUCGUCUUAAGGAGCUGAUCAUCACCGCCGGCGGUGAGAAUAUUCCCCCGGUGCACAUCGAGGAUCUGAUCAAGAAGGAGCUUCCCUGCGUAAGCAAUGUACUGCUAAUCGGGGAUCAUCGCAAAUAUCUGACUGUCUUGCUGUCCCUGAAAACCAAGUUCGAUGGCAAGACGGGAAUUCCCCAGGACGCCCUGCGGGAGGAGACAAUAGAGUGGCUGCGGGAUUUGGGUAUCCAUGAGACCCGUCUCUCCGAACUCCUUAAUAUGCCCUCCGAUCUGCAACUCCCCAACGACACAGCCGCUCAAGCGGCCGCCCUCGAGAUCACCGCCGAACCCAAGCUUCUGGAGGCCAUCGAGGAGGGUAUUAAGCGAGCCAACAAACAUGCCAUCUCGAGUGCCCAAAAGGUCCAGAAGUUCGCCCUCAUCCCCCACGAAUUCUCUCUGGCAACCGGAGAACUUGGUCCCACCCUUAAAAUCAGGCGAAAUAUUGUCCACGCCAAAUAUGCCCAAGUCAUAGAGCGUCUGUACAAGUAAACCUAAACUACAAAGUGGAUUUCAUAGCCUAAGUAUAGAUUUUAUUAGAUUGGAUUCAUUAUUGACACACAUUUUUCUUAUAUUUUAAGACACAAAGAUGAAACUCAAUAUAAUUGUUAUUCAACCGA